AUGGCACGGCGAGCAAUAGAAACAGAGGUGCCGACGCCGCAGUCCCCUCCUAAAAGAGCCACUCGCGCUCGAACGCGAAGUACCACGACCAAGGCGAAGGAAGAUGCCAAAGUACCAGCUACAACAACUACCACAACAACUACCACAGCGCGGAGAGGAAGACCUAGAAAAAACCCAGAGACCACUUCCGUGCCUAAGGCUAAGACAACUGCCGCCUCAGAGGAUUCGAAGAAAAGGACGCAAAGGACAAUCAAGACCAAACCGACAUCAUGCAGUUUGGAUGAAGACAAUUCUAGUGACGACGAGAUGAAUAUUGUACAUUCCAGGGCUACCGCUGCAACGAGGUCGUCGACAAGGCGUAUGGCUACGUUGGCUUCUUCUAACUCAUCUGUGGCUAGUGAGCCUAAGAAAAGAGUGCCUCGAACGACUAAAAAGAAACCCGAACCUGCUACCGUAUAUACACCGGAAGCGCAUGACCUAGACUACGAUGACGACGAUGAACUUGCAGAAACUCAGCCUGUGAAGCAAAAGACUGUUCAGAUCACGACCACGGCUACACGAAGGGCAAAGGCAUCAAUUGUAUCGAAAACGGCAAAAGCUUCUACCCGGUCAUCAACUCUAUCCUCUACUACAACGGAUCGCUCUAUACUUCUAAACAAAACAAAACCAGGUGUUCCCAAAAAGAAGGUUACGUUUCUGGAUAUUACUGAACAUUCCGACAAGGAAAAUCAACCUUUACUGGAUGUUUCCAAGAGUAAAGGGAAAGCAGAGAUUGGUAUGACUGCAAAGCCGGUCCGCAAAGGAGCUGCCGUGAAACAAAACGUAUCAGAUACCAGCGAAGGUAAACGGGAGCGGAAAAAGGAGCCACUGUCUCCAAAGAAAGCUACGCAGAUAGCCAAAUCUGGAUCCUCUGGCAGUUCCGAAGAAGAAGAUGAUGAUGUCUUCGGACCCACGGGCCUCUCUAAAUCGCCGCAGAGGUCACCAGUGAAGGCAUCUCCACUUCCACGGUCUUUUGCUUCUCCUGCAAAACGAAUCGAUUUUACACAGGCUGCUAGGCCAGUCUCCCGAGAUUCCGCGGUCAGUGAAAAAGAGCAUGACACAGGGCAUGGCAAUAAGCUGGCCGAAUUGAUGUCAAGCCCUGCAAAGCGACCUCCUCCUUCUCCUUUCCAACCUGCUAUCAAUGAAUCUCCACGAAAGGCUCCUAUUUUCCAUAGCGAGUCUCGACCUGGGCAGGAAACGGUAGGACAACCUAAGGUUUCCCCGCUGAAAAUGUCACCAAAGAAGGGGGCUAGUAUGUGUUUUAUCCAGGCAUCUCUGGAUGCACCCCUCUCACCUACGAAGACAAAAACAUCACCUCUUAAAUCUCCUGCACGCAGACCCCAUUCUCCUAUGAAAAUGCCACUACCACCUUUGAGCUUGGAGGAUCGUCUGAUUGAAGCUCGAAGACCUAAGAAUCAGGAUGAUAUCAAUUUGGAUCUAUAUGGCGAAGCUUGUCAUGAGGGGCUUAUGGAGGAUAUGGAUGAUUUAAGCAUAUCAGCCAUGCAUGAGGAUGAAAACCUCCUCGAUCAAGUAGAAGACACCUUUAUGGAAGACAGUCACCACACAUCCAACAGGCGAGAAACAAUACUAAGACAUGGUAGGAUGGAUACUCCAUCUAACAUUAUGGACCAGGUUUCCGCUAUGGUUCCCAUAUCUCAACAAGACUUUGUUUAUCGGGAUGAUAUGAUUCACGAAGACUCCGAUACGGAACUAGGACCCAGUCCUACUAAAAGGCAACCACAUCAUGGAAAUUCCCAGCCUGAGAGUCCUGAAAUUGCACUUAGAUCGCAUGAUGCAUUUGGUACUGAACUUGGAUUUACUCCCCUAGCUGACAGAUUAAGCCGAUGGGCAGCAAGUAGCCCCGAGAAACAGAGGCCCAGGAAAUACCAGCGGAGGGGACUCUUCUCUCUAGAUGUCCAUGAAAAUUCGCGCGGAACUUCAGAAAGAAGGCGGUCGUCUCGGAUUCACCAGGCUCAAGCAUUAAAAGAGUCCAUGAUAUCCGUUGAAGAAGAUGAAGUGCCUGCAAUAGAGGAUCUCAAUAUUCAUACAGAUUUGUCUACGUCCCCCGACGAAGAGAGUAUCGGUGAUUUUAUUGCUUAUGACGAUAUUGAAUCACCUCUAAGGCCACUGAGCUCGCAUAGAAGUCCCAGUGACCAUCUUUCAGAGUCUUCUGAAGUAUAUGGAGAUGAAAAUGCACCUCCAGCGAUGACCAUCAAUCCUACACUCUUUAGUGAAAGCUCUCAUGGCCGCGCUUACUUUCUUCCAACUUCCCCCGCUGAGCCAACACCAGUUUCCAUGUCUGUGACUCCUGUUCGUCGAAAUCCAGAUUGCCCAAGGGUCAUACACACUGUAUCGAAAGUUCCAUUGAAAGGUGACGAUGGUGGAUCUCUCAAAAUCCCUCGGAAGAGAACUAGGUCUCUUUGCUCGAAUACAACAAGUCCACCGUCGACCUUGACCAGAAGCCGAACCUUGCCAUCUCCCGGUAAGAACCGGACACCACUUAAAACUUUCAUACCAGCCUCCCCUGGAAACGGUUCGACGCCAACUGGACUCAUGCUGCCCGAGCGGCCAAAGCCAGGAACGUGGUCCGGCCGUAUCAAUCCAGCGAAAAAUCGGAGUCCAACAAAGGACAAGAGCAGUGGGAGCGAAGUAUUAAAGGGUGCUGUUGCAUUCGUUGAUGUGCACACAGCUGAGGGUGCUGAUGCCAGUGGUAUCUUCAUCGAGCUGCUUACCCAAAUGGGCGCGAGAUGUGUCAAGUCAUGGAAAUGGAACCCAAGAACAAGCUUGUCACCCGUUGAUGGCGCUGAACCGCCGGAAAAUCCAAAAGUUGGGAUUACCCAUGUCAUCCAUAAGGAUGGUGGAGUUAGAACACUGCAGAAAGUAAGGGAAGCUAACGGUCUUGUAAAGUGUGUUGGUGUUGGCUGGGUACUUGACUGUGAAAGAGAAAACAGAUGGGUCGAUGAAGCUAACUAUGCUGUUGACAUCAGCAUGAUUCCCCGAGGUGGGAACAAAAGAAGAAAGAGUAUGGAGCCUAGAGCUUUGAGCAAUCAGCAUGGAACACUCUCUGUCCUAGAUUCUUGCACUUCCCCGAGCAGUAGCCGUCGCUCCGGCUCAGAGAGAGAAACACUGCAGGAGCUUAGACGUCUGUCACCUAUACCAAAACUUCAUCCAUCUCGACGAGACUCAAUUGGUCCCACUGCCUUUGAAGAUGACAGCUUUGAAGACUCAGAGAGUAUGACAACCCCAAGACGGCGUCAACCGCAGCUAACUACGUUCGAAGCAGAGGAGCCUCAAACGCCGGGUGGAGAGUAUGGUUAUUCUUUCAGUUAUGACGAUACAGUUCCGCCAUCCCCAACUACCCCAUACUACUUGUCAGGGGGAGCAAAGUUGAUACAACAGACAUGUCCACCUAAGCAAUCAAGACAAGGCCUUUUCCCCCUCGAUGGGAAAAGUGACGAGCAGCAAAAUGAGAAGCUAAGAAUCAGGCUUGAAGCAGCUAGGCGGAAAAGCCUAGUCUGGAAGCCAAAAAUUGGAAGCCCCCUUGGAAAGGGAUACAUGUAG